AUGUCCAGGAAAAACCACGGGCAUAUACUUCAUCCAUUAACCUACGAGCCAAUCAUGUCGUUGGACUCGUUGCCCUUUAUUUCGUCCAUGUUCUUGGCAAAGUUUGAUGUCCAUUCAGGUUACAAGCUUAAAUGGUUCAAAUCCAAUAAUGAUCAGAUCUAUACGCCUAAUAACCUCGAAUUUAAAGCCUUACCUUCGGGUCUUCACUCGGUUUCUUCCGAUACGAUUUGUUUCGUACAACAGAAAGCAGGACUAGAUGAUAAACCAAUCGAUGGUUCCGACUUACUUUACGGGCUGACGGUGUUCAGGCAAAAUACGCUUGCUCAACAGCAGAUGGACAGCGUAAGACAAGAGCAGCGUGCAGAAGAUCAAACCGAUACGACGGUGAACUCCGUCGCGUCGAUCGAUCGCUCUAAAGUGAAACUCUUUUCUCUUGGUAUACUGAUUGAUCCAGAGCAUCUACGUGCAGGCCAGAGCCCGUCUCUUGAGAUCCCUUGGAAACCAAAGAUUUAUGCUGCAUGCUGGCAGUAUCGGCAUGAUCUCAUGCGGAUAAUGGAUGAGUUUAUUGAAUGCGGGACAGAAAAGGACGAGCGGCUUUUCUAUGUCAGGUUUGACAGGUAUUUUGAGCUGCACCGGUUUAAAGUGCCUUUUGAGAAUUCCGAUGCCGUUGAUCUCACAACGGCUAGUUCAGCCUUAUCUGGAUCUGCGUUAAACGAUGCUGCAACCCGGCGUGCAUCUAUGCAUGCAUCUGAACAUGCAUCUGAAUACGUGGGCCAUCAACUCGCAACUCCUUCUGAGCAUGUGGAAUCCGUUUACUCGGAGACAAUUGAGCCAUCAUCUGUAGCCCCUUCGGCAAGCUCUCUAGAUACCUCGUUUAAAGAAAACCUACUUUCUGAAGGUCAUAUGGUGUACGGGCUUCUUGAUCUAUUCAAUACUCUGGGUCCCCUACUAUACAAACUAUGGAGAUUAUCCCUACUAAGAAAGAAAGUAAUCUUUUAUGUGAAAUCUCAGGGCAGUGUGGUUAAACCUAAUGAUGAUGCCGGUGGUGACAGCAUUAAGAUCACCGAUUUGUCUAGAUUCAUUUAUUGUCUAUCGCUCAUAUCAUCCAUCCCUAAAGAAAUCCGCACAUCUCUAGUGAAGAGUGGUAUUAUUGACUUUGACUCGCUCGAAACGCAUCUGCCAGUGUACAAUUUGUGUGUUAAUGAUCUUGAUUUUAUCAAAAACAUUCACUGUGGAUUUAUAGGGUCUACUUCUGACCAGAUCAUUCUUGAAAAGCCAGACUUGUAUGAUUAUUGUGUCCGAUUGAAACGUGGAUCGGCCACUGAGAUCAUUUCUUCAGAUGGCAAGACUAUCAAUCUUGGCAGCCAUAGAGAUUUAGAGGCUUUUGAGGUUGUAAAAUCAAUGCUUGAUGAUGGAGACAUUGACAAUUCGAUUGAUUUUGUCUCCACAUGUGAUAGUGCUUCCGUUAGAGAGAUAAUAUGGAGAGGGCUUUCGUGGUGGGCUACUGCAGGAGAAUCCUCAGAGGAUACGGAUCGCCAGUUCCAAUUAGAAACGUCAAAUUUUGAAGAUCUCGCAUCCAAUGAUAACAGUACAAAAGAGACUGAGAUAAUAGCGCUUGUGGGAUACUUUCAAAAGCUUACCACACGUCUGUUUAAUAUGUUAAUGGAAGUGGUGGUCAACAACGAAAGCGAUGUCAACAAUGAGAUGAGCGAGAGCUCUUCGACUCUUCUUGGAACUGAUAAUGAUCAUGGUGUUGAUAAUACUUCUACUAUAUGGGUUCGUUUUCAGGAUAUGUAUGAGAUGGGAUUGGAUCCUUAUAGCUCUGAAGACUGCCAUUUUGUAGAGCAGCUGAUAAAAUUGUGGUGGGCCAAAGAAGCCAAAGUGGGUAGCCCGUGCACCAAAUUAUGCUGCCUUUACGGUUGA